AUGCGUGCCACCCUGCCUGGGCGACCUCAAUCUAAGCGACAGGCCCUUUGCACCGCGCAGUGGUGCGGCCUGCGUCUGGUCGCAUAUAUCUCCGGCAAUGCUGCCGUCAUUCUCAGCGGCCCUCAGACUAUUCUCCAGACCAUCUACGUCGACACGGUUGAUUCGCUCACGGCGAUAACCCUCGAAGAGACCACCGGCCGGAUAGCCCUUUGUGACGAACGCCAUGUCUAUAUCUACAGACCCGUCGGUCACGAGGAGGGUGUGUUGAAAUGGACUCUGGUCUACGAGUUGGACAAUCCUGCUGAACUGCGGGUGGAAUCUUUGUCCUGGGGAUCUUCUCAAGAACUUCUACUGGGUGGUUCCAGGCUGGUGCUGUGGUUCAUACCUGAGUCUGGCGCGCCGAUGAUCGUUUGGAACCAGCCACUGGCAUAUCCCACGGCACUCGCAUACCUUUCUCCUGACAGCAGCUUCAUAGCCUCCGUGGGCCAAUAUGACCGGCUCGUCAAAAUAUGGAGACGGCUUUCGUAUGAAGUUGACGGCACCAGAUUCGAUGUCUCCUAUCUACCACAUCCGGCGGCGGUCACAAAUCUGCACUGGCGCAAACCAUGGCAUCAGGAACAGAACUUGGACAACCUGCUCUAUACCUUUUGCUCCGACAAUCACGUCCGCGCCUGGACCACUUUUGAUCCCCACGCCUUGACCGUCCUACAAUUGGUGGGCGAUAUCAACAUGUACUCCUCGAUCCAGCCACGGAGGCUGAGUGCAAGUUCCAUCAGCACGAAACGAUAUGCCUUUAUCAUCGACAGCCGUGACUUUUCGACGGCCACAGAAAAGGCUGUCCAGAACUCAAUCGCCAAAACCGCGGACCAUGCUCUCGAGCAUCUCAUCGAGAUUGCCAAUCGGAGUCCAGAAAUCUGCGUCGUUCUCGACGGACUAGGUCACAUGUCUGUGUGGGGGUUGGAAAAUGCUGGGUACAAGAACAGAAUACUCUCUUCUGUAUUUCACAUCUCCCACGUCGAUGGCAUGAAUAUCCAUGUUCCACAGCUGAGCGACCCAUUGGAAGACUAUGUACAAUUCUGCAUCUUUGCCGGUGGCAGGACUGCAUCGUCGGUGUCAAUUCUCCUGCACUCUUUUGCAGGUGAUAUUGACUGGUACGACAGUCAGAUCACGCAUCUGUUCGACACAGCCGUGAGACACGACAGGACUGAACUGAUUUCUACCCUGGCGGGACAUGGUGCACCAGUCAUGCGGAUCGUUCGAAAUGUGGUUGGCAAUGUCGUGUUAUCCAGUACAGACGACGGUAACACCAGCAUUUGGCAGCACGAAGGAAAACUAUCAAGUGCUCCCCUGCUGCGGCGGAGCUCAUUUAACGUCACCGUCGAAAUCAAAGACGCCGUUAUCUUGUCCCGUGGGAGAUACGCAGCAAUUCUGAGUCGCCAUGGUCUCGAGCUGUGGGACAUUCGCGAGGCAAAAGCCAAACGACUCGGAGUUUGGGAAUCCGAAGGGAACCGCUUGCCGAUGCGCAUUACACAAAGUCGAAUCGCUAGCGAACGAGAACUCACCAGUCGAGUUAUUGUGGGGUAUCAUGCAGACGGGACCGUGGAGGCCUGGGAGCUGCUGCUUCCAGCAAAUGAAUCAGGCGCAACAAAUGGUUAUCGCGAGAUGAUACGAUCAUUAGGGGACGUUAGUCUACACGUCCACAAUCGAUACAACUCCCUGAUCUCCGUUUGUGACAAUAUGAGCACGAACAAUCGACCCACUGAUCCGCGCGAGAUCAACGCCCUCGGCUUCGCCGCAGCACUUGCCAAAGAAGGAACCCUGGAGAUGGUCAGAUCCCAGGAAGAGACAGAUUCCACAAAGCCACAUCUCUUCUCGGGUGCUUUGAUCGAGACUAAUAUUCGCCGGCCCCAGGCGAUCAGCGCAAGCGGCUACGGCAAGAUUGUGGUGGUCAACGAUGACAGUACGAGCCUCAGCAUAUGGGACGCCAAAACCGGUUCGUGGGAGUAUGAACAUGAGCUCGAUGGAACCGACACAAUUCAUUCAUUCGCAUGGGCUGUCUCACCACAGGGCUUUGCUUUGGUUGCAGUCUGCUUUGACUAUCACAUUGUCAUUCUAGGUCAGGUCCGAUAUGCUUACCGAGAGCGUGAGUCGGCAUGGGUAGAUUUGCGGCACAUCAGAAUAAGAGACUUUACCACCCACUCAAUUGGGGAUUUGUGCUGGCUAAAAAGCGGUGAUCUCGUUGUGGGAGCUGGCAUCCAGCUUUUCAUCUUCGAGGGAUACGCUAGGAGUCAUCACAACCAGUCCGCCAGGCCUCUUCGAGAUGUGCGAGCAAAGAUGCGGACCAACGAAACUUUUGCCAUGAUGGCAUUGUUGAACACUUUGGUCCCUGUCUUCCACCCCACGUUUCUCACCCUCCUUACAUGCAUCGAAGGGUUGGCAGCAACGAAGGACGUGUUGUAUCAUCUGCAUCGGGAUCUCAAGUACUUCACUGAGGAGGAUGAACUGUCCAGCCUGCUUAAUAUCGAACCCGACAGGAUUACAAGUGCAGCCAGCUCGACCCAAACGGUCGACAAACCAUACUAUACCACGAACGGUGAUCUAAACGGGGACACAGAGAAUCUACCGGUCUCAGAUUAUGCAGAAGGUCUAGAAGGCAAUUUGCGACGAUAUAGAUUGUGGCAGCUCACCAACAAGGAACAAUCCGAAAUAGCGAAACAGGUCGAGGUUGUCUCCGAAUUAGAGAAACACGAGGAGUCGGUCGAUGCUAAUGGUCAGCGCUACCUUCACGCGCUGUACACGUGCGGCGAUGAAGGCGUCCCAUGGAGUGCCAUUGCAUUCGCGUCGUUGAGCACAUCCCAAGAGAUUCUUGUUGACUUGGUCACCCGCCUGUACGGUGGCAAACUCACCUGGGAUGCUGCGCGUAAGUCAGGACUGUUUUGUUGGCUCUCCGAUGUGGAAGCUCUUCGACAGCAAAUGGAGAAUGUUGGUCGAAUCGAGUUUACAAAGAACGAAGACCGCAACCCAGUGGAUUGUUCACUGUAUUAUCUCGCCCUUCGCAAGAAAUCCGUCCUAUUGGGACUUUGGAGAAUGUCCAUCGGGGUGAGAGAAAAAGAAAAUACCAUGAAGCUGUUGGCGAACAACUUUGACGAUCCGAGAUGGAAGGCCAGUGCGCUGAAGAACGCGUAUGCCUUGCUCAGCAAACGGCGCUUUCACUACGCGGCUGCCUUCUUCUUGCUAGGGGACAGUCCGUGGGACGCGAUCAAUGUCUGCAUACAUCAACUACAAGAUUUGCAGCUCGCCAUUGCUAUCGCGAGGGUCUACGAGAGCGAAAGCAACAAGCAAUCCUCCACUCUAGCACGGUUAAUGGAACAGACCGUUCUACCCUUGGCAAUUAGUAGCGAGCAAGGACGGUGGAUGGCAAGUUGGGCGUACGCGGCGAUCCUUGAUCAAAAGGACAUGGCCAUUCAGGUCUUGGUGCACCCUGUGCAUAAAAUUGUGGGCAAACCAUUGCUAGACAGAUACGAGGGGGAAGGGAUGGUGGGAUCACUCAGCUACGCCGCAAACGACCCUCUUCUGACACUGUUAUACACCCAACUUCGCGCGCAAUUGGUGAAGUGCAACGAAUGGCGCAGCGAGGUCAUCAGCGCAAGAGAUGAGUGGGGAUUCGUCAUGCGUUGCGUGAGGCAGUAUAUCCACAUGGGAUGCGACGUUCUUGCCCUGUCCCUCGUCCGAGAUUGGGAGUUUGUCCCCGAAACCCCUGACCGGACGGUCAUACCGGAUGAAGUUCCACGGCCGCCUAGUCCGGGCAUCCAGCGGCGCAAGACGUUCUACGAUCUCGAAAAGGAGGAGGACGAGGAGAAUCUGCCCCUGGCCGAGAAAGCGAAGGAGCAGACAAAGAAGAAGCCGCCGCCGCCGCCGCCCACCAUGUUUGAGGAGCCGAGCGCCGACAGUCUUCUGGACAGUUUUGGGUUUUGA